AUGGCCGACCGUUAUUCAUUCUCCCUGACGACCUUCUCGCCCAGUGGAAAACUGGUGCAAAUCGAAUAUGCUUUAAAUGCGGUUAACCAGGGCGUCACAGCCCUCGGUAUCAAAGCCACUAACGGAAUUGUUCUCGCCACGGAAAAGAAGUCCUCUUCACCACUGAUCGAUCCUCCCUCGCUCUCCAAGAUCUCGCUGAUUACCCCGGACAUUGGCAUGGUCUAUGCCGGCAUGGGCCCCGACUAUCGCGUGCUUGUCGAUAAAGCCCGCAAAGUUUCACACACUGGUUACAAACGCAUUUACAAUGAAUACCCACCUACUCGCAUUCUGGUGCAAGAUGUCGCUCGGGUGGUGCAGGAGGCGACGCAGUCGGGUGGUGUCCGGCCAUAUGGUGUCAGUCUGUUGAUUGCAGGCUGGGAUGAGGGUGUUGAGCCCGAGGUGUCGGAUGCGGAGAAGAAGGAUUCCCCUGAAAAGCCUUCCGGUAAGACUGGCGGUAUUCUGAAGGGUGGCCCAAGCCUGUACCAGGUCGAUCCCAGCGGCAGCUACUACCCGUGGAAGGCGACGGCCAUUGGCAAGCACGCAACAAGUGCGAAGACAUUCCUAGAGAAGCGAUACACUGAAGGACUUGAACUGGAAGAUGCUAUCCACAUUGCGCUGCUGACUCUCAAAGAGACCAUUGAGGGUGAGAUGAAUGGGGACACAAUAGAGAUUGGUAUUGUCGGGCCUCCGGUCGAUCACCUACUAGGCUUUGAGGGAGUGGAAGGUGCCCAAGGCCCGCGGUUCAGGAAGCUCACCAAGGAGCAGAUUGAGGACUAUUUGACCAACCUAUGA